AAGGAGUGCGGAAGUAACGAGUGGAUGAGCAAGAUGGUGGCCAGGCAGUAAAGGUGUCUGCUGCUCUUGACACAUCGCUCCUGCGCAAUUGAAGCCAAUAUUUUCGGGUGUGUAGUUAGCAGGUGUGGCGCUGUGGUGGCGGGGGUGAAGGACGUGACGGGGGACGUGACACUGGAGUCGACACGGACGGUGGUGGUGGCGCCACCCUCCCCCACCUCGGAUAUGUCGGGAGAUCAUAAGAAGGUCAUUAAGGGAAGUCCAUCGCAGUAUGUGAAGUUAAACGUUGGUGGGUCUUUGCAUUACACAACAAUUGGCACACUCACGAAACAUGACAACAUGUUAAGAGCAAUGUUUUCAGGCCGCAUGGAGGUGCUCACAGAUUCGGAAGGUUGGAUUUUAAUUGAUCGAUGUGGAAAACAUUUUGGCACCAUCCUUAACUAUCUGCGAGAUGAAUGGAUCCCAAUACCAGAAAAUCAGCGGGAGCUACAGGAGUUGCUGGCAGAAGCAAGAUAUUACUGUAUGACUGACCUGGUGGAGGUAUGUGAAGGGGCAAUUAAACAACGAGAACCAGAGAAAGAUCCUGUUUGUCGUGUGCCUCUCAUUACGUCGCAACGAGAGGAGCAGAUGCUUAUACAAUCUACUAGUAAACCUGUAGUGAAACUUCUGGUAAAUCGUCAUAAUAACAAAUAUUCAUAUACGAGCACAUCUGAUGAUAAUUUGUUGAAGAAUAUCGAACUCUUCGAUCGUCUAUCUCUAAGAUUCAGUCGACGAGUAUUAUUCAUAAAGGAUGUAAUAGGCUCAAACGAGAUAUGUCUUUGGGCCUUUUAUGGACAUGGAAAGAAGUUAGCCGAAGUGUGUUGCACAUCAAUUGUUUAUGCAACCGAUAGAAAACAUACAAAGGUUGAGUUCCCAGAAGCCAGAAUCUACGAAGAAACCUUAAAUGUUUUGUUGUACGAAAACCGUACAGGGCCAGAUGCUGAACUGAUGCAAGCCACUUCCACGCGGGGCGCCGUUGCACCGGUUGUCUGUACUUCAGACGAUGAGGAGGAAAGGAGAGGGGGUGCUUGUUCCCAAUCUGGUUUGGGCAGACUACGUUCUAACAAAAAUAAUUAGUCGGCUCGUGAGGAGCGGUAAAAAGAGAGAGUGGAGCAGAGACAGUACUUACAUUUACAGCCAUUUGGUAGCUACUAACACCCUGUAGUACCUGACGUACCAUCGAGGCUACAAAAUUCAAUUGUAGUCUCUUGAGAAGCUUUGCUCAAACUAUCAAAGUCAUAUGAUGCUGCCAAUAAUAGUGGAGCUUUUUUAUACAGUUUUUUCUAUUUGGCUGUGGAGAGAUUGACAAUAAACUCCAUCAACUCCUAUGUACAAGCUCGUAUAGUUAUUUACUGAUAAGGAUACCCUACCUAGUUAAAUGUACUGUAAAGGAUCACUUCAUGAAGUAGAUCCUAGCAAGAAAAUAUGGAAGAAUAUAAAUAAAAUUAAAGCACCAUGUCAGUUUGUAUAAGAUUUGUAGGUAAAAGUUGACUGGUGUUUCCUGCAGGUCUUGCUUAAUUAAGAGGACAUUUUUCUCUGCAAUCCACACUCUUUAUAACAUAAAUAAAAUAUUGGCAUUUCCAUUUUCAAGUUCAGUAAAUAUACAUUUUUUUUUUUCUUUUUCAAAACAUACAAAUGUUUUAAAAGCUUGAGGCUUUUUUUUUUUUAAAUUGGGUUGAUAAACCAGACACUGUUUCAGUAUGUUCAGUUUGGCUUAUUUAUAAACCAGAUUAAGCAAGUUUCUCUAUUUGGUUUAUAGAUCAUGUCACACUGCUGUAACUUAAGGAGUGUCUUGGUUUGAAAUUUUAGCCCAAAUGUUUUCCAAGAAGCGCUUCUGUGAUGAAUAUAGUUUAGACUGCAAUUUGGGGGAUACUGCAACAGAACCAAGUGUGUUCUUGUGUUGCACCCAUGGGAUAUUAUGAAUUAUUGCAAGAAUAUUUUCAUGUAACUUCUCAUGAUGAUGUGUAGGUGCUCUUGCUCGACACGACAGCUGGAUGUACUGUACAUAGGCAAAUGGAGACUUUAGGAAGAGACAAUUACUUCCAGACUUGCUCACAAAUUUUACAUUAAUCCAAUUUAUACAGGGCACUGCUAUUCGAUAAAGUUCUCUUUAUCUAUAGCAGUUAUAUGCCUUUGCUAGGAGACUAAUUUUUGUAUAAUCAUUAAAUAAACCUUGAAAUGCAAGUGUUUUCAAGAGGACCAGAUGUUCAAUUUGUUUCCAAAGUAAUUAGUUUAUCAAAACAAUAUGUUCAGAUGCCAAAGUUUGUAUUGGUCUCAAAUAAUGUUAGUACCCAUUGUUUUCAUAGUUAUUCUACAUUACAAUGGUAGCUCUCUUCGAGCUGAAACUUGUAUCCAUGUGUUAUAGUUGGUAUGUAAGGGCCAGUCUUGAAAUAUUUCUUUUUUUAUGACAUGAAUAACAAAUUUAUGUAAUUAAACACUUUCAAUAUG